AUGUCCGCCCCCACCACGGAGCCCUCCAUGCGGCGCCGCCGCGCAGCUCCUGACCAUCCCCACGAGAACGGCUCCACGCUCUACAGCUUGGCUGAGUCAACCCGCCUCGCCUGGGAACGCGUCCGCCGUCUCUACGCCACGGAUCCCCAAGCCCGGUCCUACUCAUUCGCAGACGUUCGUCGCGGGUACAACAUAUGGGACCCCUUCUCAUCGAAGCGCAUCGUCGGCGCUGUCUGCCUCAUCCUCCUUACCGCUUUGCUUCCGGAUGCUUACUCAAAGCGGGAACAGAUUGUUGUGCUAGCCGAUAACGUCCUCCGCGCAAACUUUUGGGAGCUUAUUGUAAUCUUGACUAUCAUCGCCGUGCUUGGUUUAGCGUAUGGAGUCCGUAAGCCCCGCCCGGUAUACCUCUUAGACUUCGAGACUUUUCAGCCCCCAGAGAGGUAUUACGUCUCCGUCGAUCGCUUUAUGGAGACCACGCUAGCCCCGAAGAAAUUUGAUGAAGAGUCUGCUAAUUUUCAAAAGAAAGUCCUCAGUCGUAGUGGUAUCGGUAACAAGAGCGCCUUUCCAAGCAGCAUUCUCGAUCACUGCCACUCGAUUCCGGAGAAUAAUGGUGACGAGCGCGCCGCGAUCGAUCUACUCGUCCUCAACUGUUCCCUCUUCAAUCCGACACCUAGCCUCUCUGCCAUGCUCGUCAACAAGUACAAGAUGCGUAGCUCCGUGCGCACAUAUAAUCUCGCAGGCAUGGGUUGCUCUGCAGGACUGAUCGCCCUGGAUUUAGCAAAGGAUCUGCUGCAAGUGCAUCGCAAGGCCCUUUGUGUCGUUGUCUCAACAGAGAAUAUCACACAGAAUUGGUAUCUGGGGAAGGAGAGGUCCAUGCUAAUCACGAACACGCUCUUCCGUAUGGGCGCCUCGGCCGUUUUGUUAUCGAACAACCCCGCGAACCGCAGCCGCGCACGAUACGUACUCAAGCACACUGUCAGAACGCAUGUCGGCGCGGACGAUCUUGCAUACGAUUCCAUUUUUCAAAUGGAGGACAAGUGCGGCAUCCGCGGCGUCAAACUGUCCAAAAAUAUAAUGGAUGUGGCUGGCGGAGCACUCAAGAAGAACGUAACUACCCUGGCGCCGCUCGUCUUUCCACUGACGGAACAUAUCAAGUUUGCGUUUCAUCUGCUGCGUAAGAAGGUGCUGCAUGUGCCGAACUUGCAUCCGUACAUCCCAGAUUUCCAUCGCGCUUUUGAUCACUUCUGCAUCCACACAGGCGGAAGGGCUGUCAUUGACGUCAUGCAAGACGCGCUUAAACUCACCGACCACGACAUCCAGCCUAGUCGGUACACACUCAACCGGUAUGGGAACACGUCUUCGGCGUCGGUGUGGUACGAGCUGAAGUUUGUCGAAAAUGACGGCCGCAUGCGACGUGGGCAUCGCAUCUGGCAAAUCGCUUUCGGUUCGGGCUUUAAAUGCAACUCGGCCGUUUGGGAAUGUUUGCAGGACGUCCCGGGCAACCCAGAGGCGAUCGAUGAGGAGAGCCUUAGAGCUCCUGUUUUCGUUUUUCAAGUUUUCCCAGACAAAACCAAGACCGCUACGAUCGGUACCCUGUUCGAACUGCAGCGUUUUAAAUGUUGCAACGACAGAAUGGCGAGUGAGUAUCGGCCAUCUCUGAGCGACCCUUUGCUUCGGUUGUACUGUGCUGUAGAUAGAGGCUUUCUGCGUUUCCGCGAUAACGUUUUGACUGGAAAGUAACCUAACAUCCAGGAGGAUUAAAUACGGUACUGCACCAAACAAUAUUUUGGGUAA